AUGAGCGUGACCAAGUUCAUCAAGUGCGUCACGGUCGGGGACGGCGCCGUGGGCAAGACCUGCAUGCUCAUCUGCUAUACCAGCAACAAGUUCCCCACGGAUUACAUCCCCACGGUGUUCGACAACUUCAGCGCCAACGUCUCCGUGGAUGGCAACAUCGUCAACCUGGGCCUCUGGGACACUGCAGGGCAAGAGGACUACAGCAGGCUGCGGCCACUGAGCUACAGGGGCGCAGAUGUGUUCGUGCUGGCUUUCUCCCUGAUCAGCAGGGCGAGCUAUGAGAAUGUUCUUAAGAAGUGGAUGCCAGAGCUUCGCCGAUUUGCGCCCAACGUUCCGGUUGUUCUUGUUGGGACCAAGUUAGAUCUCCGUGACCACAGAGCCUACCUUGCUGACCAUCCUGGAGCUUCGACAAUCACGACGGCACAGGGUGAAGAACUGAGGAAGCAGAUUGGUGCUGCAGCUUACAUCGAGUGCAGUUCCAAAACCCAGCAGAAUGUCAAGUCUGUCUUCGAUACAGCCAUUAAAGUGGUCCUUCAACCCCCACGGAGAUGGGAGGCAAUGCCUGCCAGGAAGAAAAACAGGCGUGGCUCCGGAUGCUCUAUAAUGUAA